GGCAGGAAGUGAAAAUACUUCAUUCUCAGGGAUGAUGCGAGAAAUUCACAGGGUUUCUCCUUAAUUUAGUUAUAAUUUAGAUUUCUGUGAUAAAGUUUUGAAUGGAAUAUAAUACGGCUGUAUUAACUGCAUGUGCUCAGUUUGUUUUAUUAUGUUUUAUUGGGAUAAAAGCAGCGGAACCGUCGGGCGACGGAGGCGGAUGGUCUUCAGACUCAGGCUUCAGACUACAGGAUGAAGGAGAUUGUAACAUCGACAUUUUGGACGGCUUUUCCCUCUCACAUCAACAGUUCAUUGAAAGAUAUGCGUACAGCAGACCGGUGAUCCUCAGAGGUCUGACUGACAACACGAGGUUCAGGUCGCUGUGCUCCAAGGCCAGUUUGUUGGAAGAAUACGGCGCCCGCAAAGUUCGUCUCAGCACAGCGAACACGUUCUCUUACAGGAAAGUGGACAUCCCUCUGCAGGAGUAUGUGGACGAUCUGCUGCGGCCGCAGUCUGCAGACGCACUCGGCAGCGAGACGCUGUAUUUCUUUGGAGACAACAACUUCACAGAGUGGCAGAGUUUGUUUGAGCAGUACGAGUCUCCCCCGUACGCUCUGCCUCACACCAGCGGAGCGUACAGCUUCGGGAUCGCAGGUUCGUUCUGCUCAAAUCCAAUCACACACAAUGCUGCAGAAUGUCAACGUGUGGCCUGUUCUACGUUUAGUUUAGUCCUACGCUGGUUGUGAUGUCAAACGUUUAAA